UUGGUGCACUGAAAACUGUUUGGCCGUCCCCUCAGUUCCAUUUCAACCGCGGGUCGUUACGCAAACACACAGACCACUUGAAGACUUAUUGGAUAUCUUUUGCAGCGGGAGAUUGCUUUCGAUGGCUUCCAGUUCGCUGACAUCCUGCGCCCUGUGCCAGGCCAAGGCGUCUCAGUUGUGCGCCGCCUGCAGGAACGUGGUGUACUGCAGCCGGGAGCACCAGAAGGAGCACUGGAAGAAGGGUCACCGAGCGGAGUGCAAGUGCUUCGAAGUGGCCACCAACGACCUCUUGGGCAGGCACCUGAAGGCCACCAGGGACAUCAAAAUCGGGGAGCAGAUCCUGAAGGAGGCUCCUCUGGUGCUGGGACCGAAAGUGGCCUCUGCCCCUCUCUGCUUGGGCUGCCACAGGAACCUGCUGGCCCCCGAGAAGCCCCGAGGAAACUACUACAAGUGCAGCUCCUGCAGUUGGCCUCUGUGCGGGAGGGAGUGCGAGGACUCUCCCCACCACAAGGCCGAGUGCCAGCUCAUGUCGAGCAGCAACUUCCAGUCCAAAAUAAGCUUCACACCGGGAGAGCAGGAGCGAAAGGAGUCGGCUUACUGCGUGAUCAUGCUGCUGCGUUGCAUGCAACUCAAGAGCAAAGACCCCGAGGCCUUCCGCCAACUGUACACCCUGGAAGAUCACCUCAAGGAGCGCCUGGAGACUCCUCUGUAUCAAGUUCUGCGAGCCAAUCUGAUCACCUUCAUCAAAACAGUUUUGGGUCUGCGGGACUGGUCCGAGCUGGACAUCCUGCGCAUCGCCGCGAUACUGGACACAAACACCUUUGAGGUUCGACAACCCAGGGAAAGGAGGAAAAUCCGCGCCCUGUUUCCAGGGGCGGCUAUGAUCUCGCACGAUUGCGUGCCCAAUAUGAGGCAUCGCUUCGAUGACGACAUGAACAUUGUGUUCCUGGCCAAGAGGAAGAUAGCCAAGGGCGAGAUCCUGAGUAUUUCCUACACCCAGCCAUUGAGGAGCACCAUCCAGCGCAGGGUGCACUUGCGGCAGGCCAAGUGCUUCGACUGCUCCUGCGCCCGGUGUCGGGAUCCGGAAGAGCUGGGCAGCUUUGCCGGGGCCCAGACGUGUCCGAAGUGCAAGGCGGGAAAGAUCAUCUCAUUGAAUCCCCUGCAAAACUCCGCCGUGUGGAAGUGCCAGCUGUGCAAUCUGAAGCGAUCAGCCAAAGAGGUGGUCACUUCGGAUGCAGAGCUGCAGCAGGAGCUGGAAUCGUUGGACAAGACUACCCCCGUGGCCCUUGAGGAGUUCAUAUAUCGUCACCGGGCUGAUCUCCAUGAGACCAAUACCCAUAUUCUGCAAGCUAAAUACGCCCUAACCCAGCUAUAUGGGAGUGCUCCGGGAUUCGCAAUGGAAGAACUUUCCGAGGAGUCGCUGAACAGGAAAGUGCAUCUCUGUGAGGAGCUCCUUGAAUUGGCCAACAUUUUCGACGGCGGCUGGAGCAUUUUCCGAGGAAACCUUCUCAUCGAUAUGGAAGAAGCCUUGGUGGCGCAGGCCCUACGCUCCGAGGACCCAGUGGAGUGCGAAGAGAAGCUGAGGAAAGCGUCGGAAAUGCUGAGGGAAAUUCGGAACAUCAUGAAACAUGAGCCGGAAAUGCAGCAGUUGCUGCUAGAGCGCCAAGUCAUCUUGAGCUCGGCCCUAGAGCGCUUUGAACAAGUCGAAAAUUAGAAAUGUGCAAGCUUUUGCUAUUGUUUCUAC